AUGGACACUUAUCCUUUCAAUCAACUGUGGCAUCGUUCUCGGGGCAUCGUGUUUGGCCAGAGGCGAGAGCAGCAGGUCGCCGUGAACCCCUCUCCCGACGGGAGUGACUUGCCUCCAUCCUCCACCAUCCGAAAUCCAGCGAGCGAAGAGGAACUUUGGAAUGGCCGACAGACUGAAGGGGACGAUUCCGACUCAGAAACCGCGUCGUUUACCACUGCCCAUGAGCACAAUGACAAGAGCGUUCCCUCGACCGGACAGCCCCAGGUGGACGAAAGUGUUGAGACUGCCCCAGACGGAUCGGCUCCUACGGACGAGCCGAAGGACAAGAACAUCUUCGACAGGCCGCCCGUAACGAGUCUAGUGUUCAAUAUACCCGAGGAGGUGUUCGUGGAGGCCGAGAAUGCUCCGGAGGGCUCGAUGGAGUCCUUUUGGUCGUACACUCUCUACCGAGCCAGCCAGCCCAAAGGGGAGGAGCGUAGGGUCAAGGUUCAUUACUGCAAGAGCAGGCACACAAUGGAGCGGGUAUGCAAGUACUUCGUGGACGAAAAAGUCAUCGGGUUUGACCUCGAAUGGCAACCCGAGGCGAACAGGUUCUCGGGGCCCCGACAGAACGUGUCUCUGAUCCAGAUGGCCAGUCCUAGUCGCAUCGCGCUCUUUCAUGUCGCUCUCUUCCCGAAAAGCGAUAUGAACCUAGUCUCUACCACGUUCCGACAGAUCAUGGAGGAUCCCGAUGUGAGCAAGGUCGGAGUCGCCAUAAAAGGGGACGGCACACGUCUGCGCACUCAUUUGGGCGUUGCCGUGAGGGGCCUCUUUGAACUAAGCCACUUGUACAAGCUCGUCAAGUACUCCGCCUCCGGUGACGUCCACCUGAUUAAUAAGAAGGGUGUUUCACUGGCGAGACAGGUUGAGGAUUGUCUGGGGCUGCCCAUGUUCAAGGGGCAGGAUGUCCGGGCCAGCAACUGGAGCCAGCCCCUGAACAUGGCUCAGAUUGUUUAUUCCGCAUGUGACGCGUAUGCUGGUCUUCAGUUAUAUCAUGUGCUCGAUGAGAAGCGUCAAGCGCUAGACCCUAUGCCUCCUCUUCCCUACCAUGCGGAGCUUGGUCAGCCGAUCCGUCUGGCCGAGGGCACAACUGUUUCUACGACAGUGAAUACGGUCGAGGUGCUUGAUGCAGAAGACACCACCGCAACAGUGGAGACGACUACGACUACGACUACGACUCAUAUAACGACCCCUACAACGACUUUAGACUUCUCAAGUGCUCAGCAGACCGUUCAGGUAGAAGUGGAAGGCGACAAUGAGGAGGUCACGCCGCCAGGGCCAAGAAAACGCCCACUGUCGACGCCAUCUUCGUCGAUUACGAGGCGGCCGAAGGACGACCGGGUAUUAGCAGCAGAGGCACAAGUCGCCUCUUACCGCGCUUCCCACGCCACUAUCUGUGCAAGCAACCCGCAGCUUCGAUCUUAUUACAUAUGGCACGACAAUGAGGGUCUAGAUCCCAAAGAAAUAGCAAGAAUUCUUCGUCAAACCCCACUGCAGACCAACACAGUCGUGGGUUAUAUACUAGAAGCCAUCAGACUCGAGGGACUUCCCUUUGACGGGAGGAGAUUGCAGGAAGAAGUACUCAAUCUUGUGUCGAAGGAGAGUCGGGAACGGAGGUAUGCGAAGCUUGUCAAGCAGGCUGACAAAGCAGAUAGAGUAUUGUGA